AUGACAGGUCCCGUUCCCGACAGAACCUCGACUCCCCGCGCAACCCGGCCGCCUUCGCGGCCUCCGCGUUCGGGCCGAGCUGGCAGCAGCACGAGAAAGGCUUCGAACCCGCCCAAGUCCUCCGGCUCGGCCAAUAGCCCAGACAACAUGUCCGACGAGGAGUCGGCCGACCUGUCCCUAGAGGAGUUUGUGGUGAAGUCAGAAAGCGGCAUGUCCCCCGCUCAGGAGUCCAUCAGGCCCGGAUCAGAGGAUGCGUCAGGAGCGCUGGACGAUGGCGAUGAUGUCCCGAACAUGCCUCAGCAGAAGCGCCGGAGGGUAACCCGCGCUUGUGACGAAUGCCAAUGCACCUACGAUAAACCGUCUAACCGCCGCAGGAACCCUGCUCCGCAAUACAUCGAAGCGCUUGAAAACAAGCUCGACCGCGCCAUGGCUCUACUGCGCGAGUUCAUGCCUAACGUCGACCUCGCCGAUCCCAACCUCGAUCCGGCAGUCCAGCAAGAAUUCCGCAACCGGGAGAAGGCGAGAGCUCGAACUCAGGAGGCCAAGGCGGAAGCCUCCAAUGCUCGGCCAGACGAGCAGCAGGACGCCCAGAUCAUGUCCAUGAUCGAGUCGAUUGGUCAACUGGAUCUCAAGGAAAGCGGGGAGUGGGACUUCCACGGUGUCUCGUCAGGCGCCGUGUUCCUUCGGCGGAUGAAGGAUCAUUUUCAGACGUUGCUGGGAAACGAAUACCAGAUUCCCUUCUUACCCCGGCCAGCCAUCCCUCCUGGCUUGUUCACCAUCCACACCCCAAGUUCCCCAGCCGCCUCGCCUCUGACAAACCCGACGAUGCACACCCUCCCCCCGCGCGAUAGGGUCGAUAAGCUCUGUCACUACUCGCUCGACUGUGCGACUUGUCUGCUUCGGGUGGUCCACCGGCCGACGUUUUUUGAGACGCUCGACAGACUGUACAGCACGCCGCAGGGGUCUUGGGGGAACGAAGAGCAGAGAUUCUUGGGUUUGCUGUACUCGGUGCUGGCGUUGGGGAGUGUGUACAACGUUUCCCAAGACGAAGGUCCGGAGGGUACGGUAACGUACAGCUCCGCUGUAAGCGAAGGGGUUAAAUACUAUAAUUCCGCCCGCUUGGUUCUCCAGGAUAUGGCGGAAUGCCGGGAUAUGGCGUCCUUACAAGCACUCGUGUACAUGAUCCUCUUCCUCCAAGCAACCUCCAACAUCAGCGACUGCUAUGCCUUCCUCGGCAUUGCCCUCCGAUCGUGCCUCCGGAUGGGCCUGCACCGCCACCUCGCACACGACAAAAUCACCCCGAUCGAGGACGAAACAAGGAGGCGGGUAUUUCACGUUAUUCGACAGAUGGACUUUUAUGUUUCUGCGAUCCUUGGCUUCCCUCUCCUAUUACACGACGAAGAUGUCGACCAACCACUUCCCACAGAGGUCGACGACGAAUAUAUCACCAAGGAGGCCAUCCGGGCGCCGCCCCCGGGUACUCCGUCAUUCUUUCAGGCAUUCAACGCGCACAACGAACUCAUGAGGAUUUUGGCGAGGGUCGUCAAGGAAAUAUAUCCGUUGAGGGGAAUUGAGGAGGAUAAUCUAACAGGACGGCAGCCGGAGAGAACGUUUACAAUCAACUAUAGCCGAGUUAAGGCCAUUGAGCAAGAAUUGCAUGACUGGCAGUCAAACCUCAACGACUAUUGGCGGCCUAGCCACGGGGGCCCGAUCGAGGCUACACGCGUUCGAACUCUCCUUCGUUUUGGAUUUGCCCAUGUCCAGAUGAUGCUCUACAGACCGUUCCUUCACUACAUCUCGCCACGCCUAACGGGCGGGAAAAAGAUCGAGCCCCGGUACUACGAUUGUGCGGCCGCGGGGAUUACCGUCUCGCGGAACAUCAUCCAUAUUGGAAUUGAGAUUCAAAAGCAGGCGGUGCUCAUUGGUCCGUACUGGUUUAUCCUCUACACCGAGUUCUUUGCCAUUCUCUCGCUCAUCUUUUUUGUGCUGGAGAACCCCGACAAAGCAGGGUCGGCCGAGAUAUUAGCCGACGCCAGAGCUGGGAAAGACGUCAUCGCAGCUCUCGCGAAACGGAGCCUGGCCGCCGACCGCAUCACCGCAGCGUUGAAUGUAAGUCCCUCACCCCUCGCUAACGUCGCAGUCAAAGGACCAGUAGAUCAGCCGCCCCUGUUUGAAAAAUUACCAGAUCGAGUGACGAAAUCAACGGCGAGACCAACCCCGACAAAGAAACGAUCCGCUCCGGCCCCGGCCUCGAGUGCUGGUCAAGGGUCAAGGGCAGGGAGCGUGACGUUGCCGAGCCGCUCAGAUCUGCAGGACACCAUCCCGCAGCGCAGAUCAGAAGAGAUGGUCCGGCCGGCCAUCGGCCUGCUCCGACGAGAGGCGCGAGCACCUCCCCAGAGGACCGCGUCCUUCGACACGAUUGGAUUCCAGCACAGCAGCCUGGCGGAGCAGAGCUUUACCAACUUCCAGGAGAUACUACCGAUGAACAUGCCACUCCAUGGUACAGGCUCGGACUCCAACGCGAACACGCAAGGAACCAUGCCCGGCCAUGCUCAGGGGUUCCAUCAGCAGGGCCAGACCGGUGGGGGCUCGGUCAGCUCUUUGUACAAGAUGGACGCCAUGAUGUUCCCUUCGGAGGACCCCUUCGCAUACCCGAGCCAACCCCCGAUCGACCCCGCUGGCCAGCACCCAAGCAACCAGACCCCACAGGCCACCAACACCGGGCAGUCCCAUGACGCCAUGCAGUUCUACAUCCCUAACGUGUACCAUGGCAUUGAGGGGCAGCUCCUUGAACCCAUGUCUCCAUACCUCAUGUCCCAAGCUCAACGAUCACACCAGCAGCAGCAUGGGCUCAACCCCGCUACGCAGAUGUAUGGGAACCCCAAUAUGCUUGCUAUGCAGUCCGAUCAUGGGCUGCAUGGACAUCCUCAGGCACAGCAUCACCACCAGCAGAUGGGCCAACAUCAACAACAACAGCAUCAAUCACACCAACACCAACAUCAACAACAACACCAACAGAUACCACAACAUCCACAUCCACAUCAGCAACAGCAGCAGCAGCAUCAACAUCACCAGCAACAGCAGCAGCAAGGCGGCGACAUGAUGGGUGACAUGAUGCCCGAUCCCAUUAUCCCAGGUGAAUGGGACGAUGUUUUGAACAGCAACACCUACCGAUGA